CUAUUUCCAUUACCCUCUCCUCUCUUUAAGUUCUAGUUUUUCAAAUAUGCAGAUUAAGAAACUACCACUUCUUCAUCUUCUAUGGUGUUUUCUCUUCGUUUCCCAGUUUUUCCAGCUAUCCCAUGGCGAUGUCGGCACCGCUGCCCACUACAGCCCUCCAUAUUUACCAACGACGUGCUUCGGCGACGAUCAAACGGAGUUCCCAUCGACCAAUUUGUUCGCGGCGGCCGGAGACGGGAUAUGGGACAAUGGAGCAUCGUGCGGGAGACAAUACCGGGUUCGGUGCAUAAGUGCUUCGCAGCCUGGCACUUGUGUUCCCGACCAGACGAUCCAGGUCAAAAUUGUCGAUUAUGCUCCGACGGCACUCUCUCCGUCUUCAGCUCAAUCCACCACCAUUGUGCUUUCCAGGACGGCUUUCGGUGGAAUCACCAACAAAGCUGUCGACUCCAUCAACAUUGAAUUCCAACAGGUUUGAUACGGAAGGGAAGAUUAAAGAUGCAUGUUUUAUCUGCUAAUCUGUCAUAGUCAAAGCUGUUUUUUUGGUCUUGGAGUGUUUAUAAAAAAAAACGAUUGAUUGAUGAUGAGAUUUUUUUUCAUUGGUAAAUAUUCAAUGUU